GAGGCCGAAGCGGGGCCGAGCGGGCGCGAUGGCGGCGACGCCGCCGCCCAAGCCCUGGGAGUCGCGGCGGCUGCCGGGCACCGCGACCGCCUUCCAGUCUGCUGACUUGGGUGACAACCUGCUGACCAGGCCCGGCCAGCCCACGGUGGUGGCACGAAUCCCCCCGCCCAUCUUGCCCAGGCCCUCCCAGCAGGCGGCGAGCAGCAGCCUGAGCGCUUUCAGGCCGGCCUACAGCAGCUCCUUCUCGCCGGGCUACGGCUCCUACGGCUCCUCUUUCUAUGGAAGCUACAGUCCCUACAGCUAUGGCUACGGGGGGCUGGGCUAUAACCGCUUCUGCGCCGAGGCCGUUCCCCCCAGCAGGUUUGUGCAGCAGGCUGAGGAGAGCAGCAGGGGCGCCUUCCAGUCCAUCGAGAGCAUCGUGCACGCCUUCGCCUCUGUCAGCAUGAUGAUGGAUGCCACCUUCUCCGCCGUCUACAACAGCUUCAGGGCCGUGCUGGAUGUGGCCAACCACUUCUCCCGCCUCAAAAUCCACUUCACCAAGGUGUUCUCAGCCUUUGCUCUCGUGAGAACUAUCAGGUACCUCUACCAGCGCCUGCAGCGCCUGCUGGGUCUGCGGCAGAGCUGCGACAACGAGGAUUUGUGGGCUGAGAGCGAGGGCAAAGUGGCUCGUGCUGGCCUCGAAGACAAGGUGGCUAACUCUGCGAAAUCCUGGCCCAUUUUCUUGUUCUUUGCUGUCAUACUGGGAGGCCCCUACCUGAUUUGGAAGCUGCUUUCUACAUACAGUGAGGAAGAAACAGUGUCUAGUAACUGGGCGAGUGGAGAAGAUGACCAUGUAGUUGGAAGAGCAGAAUAUGAUUUCAAUGCUCUCUCAGAAGAAGAAAUUUCUUUCCGUGCUGGUGACAUGCUAAGAUUAGCACCCAAAGAGCAACAGCCCAAGAUCCGUGGUUGGCUCCUGGCUAGUUACGACGGCCAAACAACAGGACUUGUGCCAGCUAAUUACAUCAAAAUCCUGGGCAAAAGAAGAGGCAGGAGAACAGUGGACCUGGAGAGGAUUGCAGAGCAGAGGCCAGCCUUUCCCAGCACAGCUGUCAGAGGAGCCCCUGCUGCUGCUGCUGCUGCUGCUGUGACUUUGGAGGAGCAGGAGGCAGCUUUUGAAACUGUUUUUGCUGGAAGCAGCAAAGUUCCUGCGGCGUCGGACUCCGCUGUGGCUGGAGGAGAGAAGCAGGAGCUCUGAUGCACUUUGAUCAACAAAGCAACUGAACUGUGCUUUAUUGAUACCACUUAGGGCUUGUUGAAAAUCUGGUUUGUAGUGGAGCACUGGUGGGGCUGUACCAGUUUUUGCUGCUACUGGCUGGUGAAGGGAUGGAGAAAUGAUUGCUCAAAUUUGUGGUAUUUAUUUUUGAUUCACCUAAGGCUGUACGUCAGUGAUUCUAUCCACCCACCUGGCAGCCACUCUAAGAUCUUGAGAUAGGAGAAGUGAGGCAUUCAUAAAAUAGAAAACAAAGGAAAAAAAAAUAGGGAGUGCCAUUCUUGCUUAGGAGACAAAUUAACACCCAUUCUUUGUAGGAGUCUGGAGGCUCUUCAACAGAUGUGCAAAGGGAAGAGUGAUUUCUGUAAGAUGUCCUCCAAAACAUCACCCUCAGAACCAUAAAGGAGUACCAGCACAUUGUCUCCCCCUGAAAGGAGGGAGAGCUGCAGGAGAUGCACACAAUGGAAUAGUUAGAAGGUUUAAGUUGCCUUUCAUAAGUGGGGUUCUGUCAUAAAGAACGUAGCUCUCAGGAAAAAAGGGACUUGGGAGGAGAAAUAGACUUUACAAAGGGAGAGCAGUGGGGCAUCACGAGUAGUUCCAAGCAGUUCUGGUUUGUUUGUUGAAAGGACAUUGGAAUUAAGGGUGUUCUGCAGUCAGGCACCCAUUAGUUGUUACUCCCUUAACUAACUUUGCAUCACUCUUAGCCAUUUUGUGAUGUAGCCUGCUAGCUGCCUAUCUAUCAGCUACCAUCUGCAUCUCAACUUAUUUCUGUCCUUUAUUGAUUUUAUAUCAGUGUCAAAAUAUCUCUCCUGUGGUUUUGAGCAGUAGGAAAGCCUUGAGUUGAAGGAAGUUGAUAGUAAUUGGAGCAUCAAAGAAAAAGUAACAUUUCUUGCUUAAUUGUGUCACUUAGAGAAGGUCUUGCAGUUGGACAAACUUUUCAUGCUGCCUUUCAGGUGGUAAAUUUUGCAUCUGCCCAUAAAAUUUUAGGGCUCCAGUUUAUCAAAAGCCAUAAAAAUAUUAAGACUGUUCAAAGUAUUUUCUUCAUAUGGAUGUUUGAGAAUUCUGUCUUGAAAUACUGUUUUGGUUUUUUUGUUAAAUGAAGCAAAGAUAAUUAAACCUUUUUUUUUCCUUGUAGUAUGUAUGUAUAACGUGUUGAACUUCUGACGGUUACAUCAGUGGAUUAAAUAACUUAAGUUUGUCUUAAUCAUUAAAAUAGCUGUUUUAUUCUAAAGUUUCUUGGAAAUACAAGUAGGCCACAGGCCUUUUCUUAAUUGAUUGAGUAGUUUCAGUUUGACCAUUCCUACAGGGAUCUUCAACACCCAUUAUGUGUUAACAAAGCUUUCAGUAUUUAUAUUUUAAUGGCAUUUGCUGGCCUUGGGUUCUUAGAAGUCUCUUCAACACAACAAAGCUCUAAAAAAAUGAGCACAAUUUUAUUGAGGUAGAGUGGCUGAAAAGACAAAUGUUAUGCUGGAACCUUGAUUUGAAAGUAAUCUCUGAAUGCCUGUUAAUAAAUAGAACAUGAAUUUAA